UAUCUUAUCGCCAAACCAAUCUAGAAUUCUGUUGGAGGCACAGACAUAUUUUUCAGAUCAAUUUCAUUUUUCUGGGCAAUGUGAGUCUUCGGAGACUAUUCAGACGGAACUCCUUCAAGCAACGACAAUCUUACUACGUGAACAGUCUGCGGCUCUGCAGGACUAAGGGUGGAAAAAAGUCAUUCUCCCGGAUCUAAACAAGCUCCUCUUUGUUUAAGUUCUCCUGUGUGCACGAGCUCAUUCAUCUAUCGAUGCUACUGGCUUCUGCUUUUUGUCCGUGUGGUAUCGAACUGAGAAUUGGCAGUCUGCAUGAGCAUGGACUUCAUGAUCGUCUGGCUGUUUCUCAUCCUAGGCAGCUUAUCCUCUUGUUCUGGUACCGCCAGUGACGUCCUGUGCUUGCAGCGCCUGAAAGGAUCGCUGGGUGAUCCUAACGGUGCGCUCUCCUCUUGGAACUUCUCCCACAACGCCACGGAAGGCCACGACAUCUGCAGAUUCACCGGUGUCGAGUGCUGGCCUGACUACUACAAGAACCGCGUCAUGUUCCUGCACCUCGGCAACCUGGGCCUCCAAGGUUCAUUUCCUCGAGGCCUUCAGUUCUGCAAGAUCCUUACAACCCUGAACCUGUCGGUCAACAGCCUCUCAGGCCCCCUCCCUGCGGACAUCUCUCUGCAGAUGCCAUACGUCACACAUCUAAACCUCUCGCACAACAGAUUCUCAGGAGUUCCCCACAGGUGAAAUCCCGGCAGACAUCUCGCGGCGGCUGCCGUUCAUCAUGGCCCUGGACCUCUCGAACAACAGCUUCUCAGGCGAAAUCCCGCGCACCAUCGCUGACCUGCCGUACCUCAACACCCUCAACCUUCAGAGCAACUCGUUGUCAUGUCCCAUCCCGGGUUCUCUCCGGAGGUUCCCGGCCCAAGAUUUCGCCGGCAACGACGGGCUCUGUGGGGCGCCUCUGGACCGUAAGUGCAAGGAGCGGUUGCGCCGGCGGCGGAUGCGGCUCGGCCUGCGCAGGGUCAACGACGCUUCCAGCGUCGGCGCCGCGGUGGGUUUCGUCGUGGGGUUCGUGGCGGCGUUCUACUCCCCGCACUGGUUCGCCUUCGUCUUCUCCGGCCCUACAUCUUGUGUGCGUGCGAGCGAUUCGUCGGAGAUUAUUAUCAGUGUAAUCGGUGAAUCGUAAUUUCUUUGCGCAUCGUGAUCGAUAAACUUUCAGCUGCAUAGCAAACGUGGAAGGAAAAAUUAAAAAAAAAUGACGCGAGUGGAAGGAAAAUAAAAAAUAAUAAUAGGGCUGUGCCACGGCGAGGCGAUCACACCCAGUCGCCGUCGCACCACUGCCGCAGUCGUUGGUGGUGGCGCGCCAACGCGGACAAGAAGUGCCAGUGGACCCGGUCAAACACGGCAUAGAUGACCUCCACUGGCGAAGUGCGUGCCCGCCCAAUGUCACGCGAGAAAAUAUAUACUGGGCUAGUAUACUCCUUGAGUGCCCGCCCCGCCGGCACGACGACGUCCCGACUCCUUCGCUUUUCACUUGCACACUCCGGCGACCACGAUCAACAAGUCAGAUCCGACUACCAGCUGCUAGCCGCCAAUGCCUGAAGAAUUAAACAGGAGAGAUUUUUUGAAGUUAAAGUGCUAGUUGGGGCUGAAGAAAUAAAAGUCCAUUUUGAGGAGUUUUUUGGAAUUUAAAGUCUACAUGAGGCCUACAAUUCCACGUCUUACUCCCGGUUCCUACUUCUUGGAUGUAUGCAGAUUAGGAGUAAUAUAGUACUUUGUACACUCAUUUAAUGACCUCUAGUCCUUUUUAGUUCAUGAAACCAAACAAGUAGGGACUAAAGUUUUUAAUCCAGUGAGCAAAAUUAGUGUAGAGACUUUUAGCGCCCAAACACCACCAAGUCUUGCUGCUCUAAAACCUGGCCGUCACGUCCUCGCCACUAUCGUUUUCGCCAGGCCGACCAUCCACCUCGUCCAGCCCUGGUUUCCUCUUCUUUCCGCGUCGGGUGGGCACGGCCGGGCACACACAGCACAACAUCCUGCACAAGUUGCUCUAUCUAGCACUCUGCAAGGCACCAUCUCGUCUCGUCUCCAUCCAAGAAGACUAGCUGGGCCGUGCAGUGAUGCCUUCUGCAGUUCUGCUUUGCUUGGAUCAACUAACAGCCGCAACGAUAUUUCUUCAUUUCAAGAGGAGCUUUAAUUUUGAGUGUUCUUUCACAGCUUUCAGCAGGUUCUUCCUCUGGUUUCUGCUUUUGAGGAGCUCAUCAUUUUGUUCUGGUUCUGAACUUGAUGUGAGAUGCUUGAAGACUCUACAGAGAUCAGUGAUUGAUCCUAGGGGCGUAUUAGAAUCCUCAUGGAAUUUUAGCAGCUUCAUAUGCUCCUUUACUGGUGUGGAAUGUUGGUACCCUGAUGAAGAGAGGGUCCUCUCGCUGCGUCUCAGCAACAUGGGUCUUGAAGGCCAGUUUCCUCAAGGUCUUGAGUAUUGCACAAGUCUAGUCACCCUUGACCUGUCGUGUAACAAUUUUUCAGGGUCCAUCCCUUCCGACAUCGCAAGGCAGCUGCCCUAUUUGUCAUCUCUGGACCUUUCAUUCAACAUUUUUUCAGGUGAAAUCCCUCCUGCCAUCUCAAAUUUGGCAUACCUGAACGACCUCUACCUUCCGCGCAACCAACUCAGCGGUCAGAUUCCUGGCCAAUUUGGUGUGAUGGCUCGGUUAACAUCGUUCGAUGUUGCAGACAACUUGUUGUCAGGACCUAUUCCUUUGGCAUUACAGAAGUUUCCGGCUUCAACUUUCGCUGGUAACCCAGAGCUUUGUGAUGCACCGUUGGAUAAGUGUCCCAGAAAAACAACGAAGCGGAGGCUGAUAAUCCAUGACGAGUCCGUUAUUGGUGCGGCGGCUGGGUUCGUCGUGGGUUUCGUGGCGGCCUUCAACUUAGGGGCUAUUGGAACAAGUGCUAAUAUCUAAAAAUACUAAAGUUUAGCACUAAGAGCAUCUCCAGCAGUUUGGCAAAUCGAGUUGUCAUCUUUGAUUUUUGGCAAAAACGUUAAAAAUACUCCUCCAACAGUUUGG